GCAUGAACUGGGCCUUCCUUGAGGGCCUCCUCAGUGGGGUGAACAAAUACUCCACGGCGUUCGGCCGCAUCUGGCUCGCCAUCGUCUUCAUCUUCAGGCUCUUGGUGUUCCUGGUGGCCUGCGAGAAGGUCUGGGGCGACGAGCAGAAGGACUUUGAUUGCAACACGCGGCAGCCCGGUUGUCACAACGUCUGCUACGACCACUACUACCCCGUCUCCUACACCCGACUCUGGGCUCUCCAGCUGAUCUUCGUCACCUGCCCGUCCUUGCUCGUGACGCUCCACGUGUCCUACCGAGAAGAACGUGAGCGCAAACACCGGCUGAAGUACGGGGAGAGCUGCACGCCGCUGUACGACCACACGGGGAAGAAGCGAGGGGGUCUGUGGUGGACCUACUUCCUCAGCCUGCUCUUCAAGAUCACGGUGGACGGGGUGUUCGUCUUCCUGCUCUUCUACAUCUACGAGGCCACGUUCUUCCCGCCGUUGGUGAAGUGCGGCAUAGAGCCGUGUCCCAAUGUGGUGGACUGCUACAUCGCCAGGCCCACGGAGAAGAAAAUCUUCACGGUGUUCAUGGUGGUGACCAGCUUCGUGUGCAUCGUCCUCACGCUUUGCGAGGUCUUCUACCUGUGCGGGAAGAGGUUCUGGGAGUGCAGCGGAAGAGGGCCUCGCUCGGUGAAGGCAGACUCCUUCAUGAUGACCAGGUCUCCUCUGACUGGGAAGGAGAACUCGACGUUCAAAGAGCUGGUCCCGGAGAAGGCCAACAUGGCCGACAACGGCGGUUCAGGACCUGGCAAAGAGGGCUCAGCCCCGGCCUACAGCAUAGCGGUCUCCUGAGAGACACACGUCCCUUGGAAGAAGAGUAUCUUAUGUACUGUUGGACACAUUUAUCAGUCAAAUGUUAGUGGUUUUAAAGGAAAUGUUGUUUACAAAGUUCAUGUCUUUUCUUUUUUUUUACAUUAAAAUUAUUGUCCCAUAAUAUCUUUUGGCUUUUUCAUGGCUUGUGAUCUAAAAUAACUGAUAUACACUCAAGGUGACUCAAGAUAGUAUUUAUGUGAUAAUUUGUACCAUGGGAUUAUUUUC